GAUGGCUUCCCAUUUCACCAGUCUAUAGGUACAAUUGCAGUAUGUGGUGGUACUACAAAGAUUGCCGGGCACCUUGAGGAGAGCUAGCUAGGCUCAGCUCAUUCCUCAGCUUUUGUGAAAGCACAUUCCAUGCUUGCGUUUGGUACAACCACUAUCGAAUUUUUGGUAUAGGCGUAUAGCCGGAUCGGAGUAAUUUUAUUGGACUCUUUGAUUGGAUCCAGGUUGCCGGUUAGCCCUUUCGUCGCCACUAUAAAUAGCAGCCGACGUUCUCUCCAGCCUCCACAACAGCUCAAAGCAGCAGAGCACUCUUCACCUUCUACGCAGGCCGGCUGCAAGCGCGAGGAAGAAGCACCAGCGCAGAAGUCGUCGACCGCCAUGGCUCAGGGAAGGGGCAGUGCGACGACACGGUGCCUCGCCGUCGGCGGCCUGCUCGCCGCGUGCCUCCUCCUUGGCGCCGCCGACGCGGCCACCCACAGCGUCGUCUGGUCGUUCAACGCGGACACCUGGCCCCGGGGCAAGAGCUUCCGCGCCGGGGACGUCCUCGAGUUCAACUACGACCCCUCCCUGCACAACGUGGUGGCCGUGGACGCCAGCGGCUACAACAGCUGCGGCUCCUCCGGCAGGACCUACAGCUCCGGGAGGGAUCGCAUCACGCUCGGCCCCGGGACCAACUACUUCAUCUGCAGCCUCAACGGGCACUGCGGGAUGGGGAUGAAGAUGGCCGUCAACGCCAGCUGAAGGCUGAAGCCCCCACGCUGCUUGCAGAGCACCAAUAAGUGAUGCGCAAUAACUCAAUCGUUUUGGCAGCGCACGCCCGGCCCUGUGCGGGAUACGCGCCGAUACAGGUCUCAUGUGUCAUGUACUGGCAGGGUAUGUGUGGUGUGGAGUGGAGUGGUAGUCGAGGCAUGGUGUGUGUAUGGUUUACUGGCAGGGCAGUGAAGCGUUACCUAUAGCUUUGUUGUUUGUUUGGACUUCGAAGCAGUAGCCUGUUUUCUUUGUUCAUUCAUCAUGGUGUCUUUGCAUGCAACCA